AUGAGCGAAUCCCUCAUCCCCAUAUUCUGUCUGGAUGACAUCCCCGCCCAAAUUCUCACCUCCAUCCUCACAAAAGCCUACGCGCACGCCAUCGACAUCAAUUCACCCCCAACCCUCCUGCUUGUUGAAAGCACCGGAACGGCGCUGUUGCGCAGAUACACACAUGACGCUGUGACAUAUCCCCCGGUUGACGCUGCAUGCAAGUCACCCUUCCGGGGGUGGGGAUUGGACGAUAUGAUCCGGUUCCUGCGUGAAUACGCGACGGGGACUGCUGUGGAUGCGUCUGUGUUUCUAGUUGCAGAUGGGAGGACGGUGGAGGAUGAAUCGCUGUUAUUAGUGCAGAGUCUCCGGGAUGGGGAUCCGGUGGAGAGUGUGCGGCUUGCGGCGGAGCAUGUCAAUACUAAGGCUGUGGCGGUGGCUGUUGCUGCGACUGACGUGCGGGAGCUGCGGAGUCUGGUUGAUGAGGAUGGGGUGUUUAGAGGCGGGCAUGGUGGGGGUGACAGUUCGUUGCCGAGAAAGGGGGGGACGGCGCCGAGGAAGCAGCUGUAG